CGGGGAAGCAGCAGCAGCAGCAGCAAUAGCAGCAGCGCCGCCGCCGCCGCUGCCGCACCAGUAGUUCGAAAAGUCUUCGCGGAAUGGAAGAGCCUCAGAGGGUGCAGGAUGUGGGUGUGCCCCCUGCCCCGAAUCUCUCAGGGGACCCCGAUCCUGAAGAGACCAUCCGAAGCCUGCAGGCCCAGUUGGCAGCCGCCUUGGCCGAAGUAGAGACAGUCCGAGCUGUGGCGGCAGUGAGCGAAGGCACCAAGCAGGAGGCUGUGGAGGCUGUCCAGCGCCGGUGCCAGGAAGAGGUGGCUUCCUUGCAGGCUAUCUUGAAAGACACCAUUUCCAGCUAUGAGGCCCGUCUGUCAGCUUUCCAGCGUGACACCCGGGAGAAUGCUUGGAGCCGGUUGCUGCCAAGGAGCAGCCCUCUGGACUCACUGGAGAAACAGAUGGAAAAAGCGCAAGAGGACACCCAGCGACUCCGGGCCAUUGUGCUGCCGAUGGAACAGGAAAUUGCUGAGCUGAAAGCAAAACUGGCCCAUGCUGAGAGUCUGGUUCAGGAGCUGCAGGGUGAGGAGCAUUCCUUAUGUAGCUCAUCUGAAUCCCUUCUUGUUGACCCUGAGACUGUGCCCGGUGAUUUGCCUGGAGGUGACCACAUUCCCUUGGUGGAAGGAGGAGUAGCAGAGAAGUUUGCCCGUAGCCUGGACAGUGUCUCCAUUGCUUCGUUUUCCUCCUUGGCACCAAGUCCUGGGCCUCCUGUCCGGCGCAGGCGCCCCCCAAGUCCUGAGACUUCUUCCAUCGCCUCCUCAACUGGGACCUUGGUGCCUGAGACUAUUUAUCUACCACCAGCUGGAUACCAGCUUGUAUCUGAAUCAGAGUGGGCUCAGCUCCAAGAACAGGUGCAACAGCAACGUGAAGCUCUGGAGGAAACAGCACAAGAGAAAGCUAACCUAGAAGAGGCACUGAGACGUAGCAAUGAAGAGUGCAGUAAGCAGGUUCAAGUUCUUUUAACUCAGAUCCAGACAUCAGAGCACCUUCUUCAAGGCCUCCAAGCCACUGUGAGUGAAACCCAGCGGCAGACACAGGAGCAGAUGGCUGAUUUGGCUGCAUCCCACAAGCGUCUCAGCUAUGAAGUGCAGCGUCUCAGUGCCGAGAAUGAAGGGCUGCGGGGGAUAAGUUCCCAGAAUCCUCACCCAACAGAUGAGACUAGCAGCUUGCCCAGCACGGUGCCGGAGCUACAAGCCAUGGUGCGCAAGCUGAAACAAGAAUCUGCCUUGCAGCUUCGGGCUGCAGAGCAUCAGGCUGAGCGCCUGCGAAUUGAAAUUAUAUCCUUGCGGGAGCGGCUGGAUGAAGAAGCAGCAUCUCAGUCAGGCCUGCAGGGUGCGCUGGAGAGAGAGCAGGAAGAAAGAGAGCUUUUGCAAGCUUCCUUGAAUAGUAUUCAGAGUGAGAUGGAAAGGCUGCAGCAAGGGCAAGAAGAGCUGAAGAGAAUUCAGAUGCAGCCUGAUGUGAGAGAAGCCAGUAGACUCCCGGGGAGGCCAGAGCCUUAGACUGAGGAUGAGGAAAUUGGGCCUCUCUGUCUUCCCAUCCCUGACACCCCAGGAACUCAGGGAAAUCAUGACUUUCCAGGCACCAAAGGGUCAACUUUCUCCUCCAGAGCCUCCCCAGGUCUUCUCUCUGCAUGGGUAGGAGUACCAGAACUCUGGAGGUAGGGAUGGCCGGGUUCUUUUGUUACUCCCCCCACCCCUUGUCCGGACACUGGAGCCUCCAGAGCACAAUAAACGAGUUGUUUUUUUUAUAUCCUC